AUGGCCGUUGGAGGCCGCCUUGAAAUGAAGAAUCUGACCGAUGAAUUUGAAGAGAUCACUUUGUCUUACAUGCCCCGAGCCAAGAAUCAAUUCGCAGACGCCCUGACUACCCUCGCCUCGAUGUUAGAGAUCCUUAGGGGAACCACUGAAUGGAAACUCAUCAUCAAACUUUGGGAAGAACCCGCAUUCUGCUUACAAAUUGACGAAGCGGAAACCUUACCGAACAAUCAGCCACAGUACACAGACAUCAGAGAAUAUCUCGAGCAUCAGAAGUGCCCGGAAGGAGCGAUAUCAACCGAUCGUUGCACAAUCCAACGGCCAACGACCCAAUUUACGAUCACUGGGGGAUCCUCUACAAGCGAUCCUUCAAUCAAGUUCUUCUCUGUUGCGUGGAUAAAAUAG